AUGGCUGCAGAUCAGUCAAUAGGAUUGCAAAUUGUCAGAAGUCAUCUUCGAUAUCUCGUUAAAAAUUUCUGUUUAAGCACCCGGAAAUUUGAUGAAGUCAGACUGAAAGAACUGAAGAAUUUUGUUCGGAGAAAUCAACCAGUUAUAUUUAAUUUCAUUAAAGAACUACUUGUUUUUCUCAAGCAACCUUUUGUAGAAAUUCGUAUUGCUGUUUUAUUAAUUUGUGAUGAAUUUUUCCAACGAUCUCAUGUUUUUCGACUCGAGCUGUCAAAUCGCUUGCACGACUUCUUGGUUCUUUCCGCCGAAAUCAGUCCCAUGCAAGUAUCGCUGCCAUUUUCAAGGAAAGAUUCAAUCAUUCUCAAAUCAGAGACUUUCAGGAUAGUAAAAUCGUGGCAUGAAAAAUUUAGUGCCGCAUAUCCAAAACUUCAGCAUUCCUUUGCAGUUCUGUUAGCAUGUGGCAUUGAUCAGUCGAGCACCACUCAUGAGACUCAAGAAAAUGAAAUCAAUCGGAGGAAGCGAGCGAAAGCAAGAUUUGUAGUUGCUGAAAUUACAAAAGAAUUUAAUGAUAGUCGCGGUGAUAUUAUGCGAUGCAUUAGAGAGACCCAUUGUGCACUUGAAUUGCUCGUUCCAAAAUUCGAAAGUGAAAAAUCUCGAACUGCGAAUACUGUUAUGAAAUCAUUGGAUGACAGACCACUUUUAGAUACUCUGCAUGGUUAUGUAUCUUCGGACACAAUUUCUAUAACCAUACCUCUUGAAGCGCCAGUUUUGACUCGGAAUCAGGCAAAUGAAGCAUUAAUUGAUUCGUUAAAUGAUUGCCUGAAAAUGCUGAGAUAUUUCGAAAAUUUGAUUACUAAGUGGUUAUUAAAACUAACAAAGUAUGGUUGUGAAGGGGAAAUGGUCAUACGCGAUGCCAUUGAAACGCGCGCCAAAUUGAAAUCAGAAAUUGGAAAAUGUGAGGAACUUAAAUUGUCCAAAUAUUCCAUGAGAUCUCGUUAUAGUUCAGAUUCUGAUAGUGAUGACUUCGAAGAUGUACCUGAAAAAGAAGGUUAUGAACCAAAUUUUAAAAUGCCUUACGAAGUGCCACCUUAUGUAAUGUCAAGAAUUGAAAAGCAGUCCCAGUUGCCUUUGACUGAACACUUUGUCCACGGAAGAGAUAAUGGUUCUAGCGAGGUUGGGCCUAGCAAAGCAAAUGUGCCUAUUUUGCCAUUUGGUCUCGAUUUAAAAUAUUGGGGAGAACGUGACAUUCGUCCGGCCGAAAUCCCUUUAAACUGUUACGAUUGUCAUCCUUUUUGGAGAGCAACAAAAGACAGCAAUGAAAUUGUUAGAGACAGCGUAGAAGUUUAUCAUUCACGUCUGAUAACUUAUGUUGGACCAAAAUUAACUGUUCAGCAGUGUCGUGCUCCUCGUAAGGAUGGCUCGCUAUGUCCACGCAAAGAACACCGUAAAUGUCCGAUUCAUGGAUUAAUAAUAGAACGUGAUGAAAUGGGCUAUCCUGUUGAGCAACAGCCAUUGGUUCAGAAACGUUCAUCAGCUAUGAUGGAUAAUGAAUUUCUAAAAGAUAUUGAGAGAGCAAUAGGAGUAAAUUUAAGCGAUAAAACGAAAUAUCGAAGUCGAAGAAAAGAUAUGAUGAAUGAUGGGAGCGAAGUUCGACGACGCCUUAGUACGAAGCUGUUCAAUCGCCGCUCAUUGAAACGAAUUUCGGAAACCUUAGAUUCAAUUCGUAAGGCAAAAGCUGCGAAAAAUUUUCAACAUCAAUUUAAUUAUGCAGUUUCCAAUCAUUAA